AAAAAUAAAUCUAUUUGGAGUAUAUAUGUGGUUUGGGUUUUAGUUUUAUCCAAAUUCGACCCAUUUCCUGCAACCCAAAAAUAAAAGGCAAAACCCCCAAUAAAUAAGCAAACCUUGAGAAUAGAUCAAAUCUCUUCCUCCCUCCCUCCCUAACUUCACGCGGCAAACCCCUCACUCAAAUCAAAACCCUCACAGAUCAAAACCCUAAGAUCAAAUCUCCGCUUAUCUUCCUUCACAAAAUCAACAGCGACUAUGGCGACAAGAAUGCUUGAAGUUGCAGCAGUAGAUUAUUCUUUACCUAAUGAGUGUUGGGAAACUAUUUUCAAAUUCCUCAUCAACAACGACUACGGCAACGUCGACGAUAACAACAACCACCACAUCCACUCACUCUCAGCCGUCUCGAAACAGUUUCUCUCUAUCACCAAUAAUCUUUUAUUCUCACUCAAUGUCCGUACCAAUUUUAAACCGUCUGUCACUAUCAUCAAUUGCAAACCAACCGUCAACAUCAAUGAUUUCAUCCGUCCGUCCAAUUUCCUUUCUCGCCUCAUUCGUAGAUUCUCCAAUCUCAACUCUCUUCAUCUCACCGGAAACAACCUCAACAACACUCUCUGCAAAAUCUCUCGUUUACCAUUUUUCACUCUCAAAUCACUCCAUCUCAACUUUAAACUUACUCAUUUCAGAAUCGAAUUUCCCACAGAAGGUUUACGACUUGUCUCCCAAAAUAUUACAACUUUGACCUCACUCACAUUUUCCCACCUUCGAUCUCUUUCGUCCACUUAUCUCUUGCUCAUCGCGGAAUGUUUUCCUUUGCUCGAACAACUUAACCUUAACCUUAACCUUAACCUUGAUUACCACGGAAGGUCACAUGACUCAUUACUCAUUGAAGGAGUAAAGGCUCUUUCAUCAUCACUUCUCAAACUCCGAAAGGUUGAUCUAACUAAUCAUUACUACAUCAACGAUCAAUGCCUUUGUUACUUGUUCAAGAACUGGAAGUUUCUUGAAGAAGCUAUCAUAAUUGGUUGUAAGCACUUAACUAACAACGGUAUUACUUCUGCUCUCUCUGAGAGACCAACUUUGAGGUCUUUUUCCUUUUCCGGUUCCAGUUAUUUUUUAUUGUAUGCUGCAAAAAAUUCUAUUGCAUGCCCUCAAUUAACUUCUCUCGCUUUUACUUCCUAUAAGUUAAGUAAUAGAGGCAUAGUAGGACUACUAUUUGCUUCCAUUUUCCCCAAUUUGCAGCUGCUUGAUUUUAGUGCUUGCCCUGACCUAUAUGAAGAUGAUAUUUGCCAAGUUUUAACGAAUUGUACUGAGAUUAGACAGUUGAACUUAGCCAAGGCUUCAAGAAUGAAGUUGCGUGUGAUGAACUUCGAUGUUCCCAACCUGGAGGUGUUGAACUUGUCACAUACAGAAGUUGAUGAUGAAGCACUCUACGUCAUCUCAAAGAGUUGUCGUGGACUUUUGAAACUGUUACUGGAACAUUGUUGCCAUGUCACAGAGGAAGGAUUAAAUUAUGUGGUAGAAAACUGCACACAACUGAGAGAGAUCAAUUUAAAUGGUUGUCAGAAAGUACAUGCUAAUGUUAUUGCCUCGAUGGUAUUAUCAAGGCCAUCAUUGAGAAGAAUAGUUGCUCCACAGCCCGAUUAUUGUUUUAGUGACACAGAGAUGAAACUCUUCUUGCGUCGACGAUGCCUUGUUGAAACUGCUCUUACAAACCUUAAACUCUGAAAUGGAUUCAGAAUCCAUUUGAGGACAUUUGAAAGGAAUUAAAGAUGCUAAUGCAACUUUGGUUUGGUUUUCAACUGAGUCGUGCUACGUUAGGGGAAGCUUGCAGAUGUGGAUGUAGCUAAAUCAGUGUUUGUUGGCAUCUAAUGCUUUUUUGGAGUUUCAUUUGGCUAUUUAUUUUUCUGUAAAACCUUUUUCAGUGUUUUUUAUUUUUCUGUUGCUAUCAAUUAGUACUAUUAGUAUUUUUCAUUUCUUAAUUUGUGAGUGCCAAGUUUGUAUGAAUGCAAA